AUGGCGACGGACCCUCUAUCACCAGCCAUUGGACUCCAAGAGGCCAUCGAUAGAGCCGGGUUUUCUUCGUUCCGGUGCAUUGCUGAUCUCGGCUUUGUCAGUUGGCGUCCUCCUCCAAGGAAUCGAGGGAAGGGAGCUCCAUAUCGGUACAAAUCAUUGUCCAAAGCCACAGCGGGCCAAGUCAGGAAUUUCACCGUGUCGGGGGAGACUGCUGCCCCGCCCUCGUUGGUGGAUUCUAUUGCCAACAUUACAGUGCCCAUUACUUUUCGUACAAACCUCCCGAGACAAGUUGUGGCACAUAGGUAUCCGUACGGCCAGGUUGGAGUGGCGUCCCUGUACCAUGCUGCCAAUCAUUCAGCACGAGUUGACUUGGAGACACUGGACUUUUUCUUUGGAUGCUCUGCAUUGGAGGUUCUCUCGGCAGAGAAAAAGAUUCGCCACAUGGUGCCAUACUUGGUCCUCAAGGUGCCGGGCACCAACAUGAUAAUGGUCCAUUACGACCUCGGCAAAAUCCGACAGGACUACUCUGUCCCGGGCUUUCAAUUUGAACGACUGGUGACGGGGCAGCCCAUGAGUGCUCGCCACAAUGUCGGGUUCACAGAACAUGUUCAGGUGAUGCAGAUUGGCCAGUAUCGUGUGUUGAUGACAGCCGAAGCCGACGCAACAACGAGCGCGGGAGCACAACAACAUCCCGUCGAAGUCAAACUCUUACAACAAGGAUACGGUGGAACCAAAGUCUUCUUUCAAAUGGUGGGAAGUGGAAGCCUUACGCUGUGCAAGGGCAAGAAUCGCAAGGGAGUGUUGACCAGCGUCCAAACUGUGCCCUUGUCGCGUAUGGCUGAUUCGCUUGCAGAAAACAACGAUACCGCCUCUCUGGAACAAAAGAUCAUUCGCAAUAUGGAACGUCUCAAGGAAUGGGACCGGAAAGGCUGGUUUGCCGAAGGCAAAGCCUACCGUUUGGAUUUCAAUGAAGCCGGUGUCAUGGAACUGAAUGCGGUAUCGCGGAGGGACACAUUGCUGCCACCCGACGCAGUGGUGAAAGAACUUCUCGCAACAGCACCAAAGUGAUUGAAUGCUAUCCUCCUUUGUGUCUUUUGUCGGGAUGGUCUGACUUUACAGAAUUCUACACUACCAUUAGCACAACAUCUAGCUAACACCUGC